AUGGAAUACGAGCCACGUGAAGUUACGUCACCUCAAAGGACAAUUCGGCGGAUGGCAUAUCUAGAGGGGAAACCAUCAAAAAAAUUGAACGUUGCGAAAGGGUGUGGAACUUGCGAUGGGAAGAGCGAAAGGCGGGUUAAAAGGGCUUCUCACAGCACUUCCAUUUCGUCAGUUCUGGUAUUAAUCAAAAAAACAACUAUAGAGAGAGAAAAUAUUGGGUGCACUUUUAUUUUUCAUGGGGAAGUUAUGGUUCUUACAGAUAAUUCUUAUAUAUUACUCUUUGAUUCUCCUUUUUAUUUGAUUUAUUAA